AUUAAAUCUUUGGCUAUUAGGACGCUUCUCUCCUCCCAAACCCCACAUCUCAGCAAGGGCCCCGUCGGCUAGCGCCGCAUCCGCAGACCGCAGCCGUCGACGCAGACCCUCUUCGGCAGCCGCUUGCAGCGCGUCCCUUCCCCGCUCCCGGCGCCAUGGACUGCGCAAAGGGGAGGGCGGUGGCGGACCUCUACGACGAGGUGAUGGUGGAGAUCCUCUCGCGCGUGCCCGUCAAAGACCUCCGCCGUUGCACGUGCGUGUGCAAAUCUUGGCGCAACCUCAUCACCGACCCCCUCAACCGCAAGAAGCUGCCCCAGACCCUGGAAGGCUUCUUCCACGGCGUCGUCGGAGGGCCUCACAGCUACGGCCAAUUCACCAGCCUGUCGGGGAGCGGAGAACGCGUGGCUCCGGUCGACCCUUCCUUCUCCUUCAUCACGGCAAUGCUGCCUGGCGUGGAGCGCAUGGUCCUCUUGGAUUCUUGCAACGGGCUCCUGCUCUUCGGGUGCACCCGGGAGGACAAGUUCGGGUACAUCGUGACAAACCCUGCGACCGAGGAAUUGAUGACUGUGCCCGCCAGCUCCGGCUCUUGUCCCCUUCCACCUCCAUUUGAAAGGGACAUGGUUGGUGGGGAAAGAUAUGCGCACACCUUUCUGAUGUUUAACCCUGCUGUCUCCUCGCACUUCCACUUGGUCCAGAUCUGGGAGAAUAAGGCGGCGAAGGAGGUGGAAACGGUGCACUCUUACUCGUCUGAAACCAAGGCAUGGAGUGACAGGUCAAGCAAGUGGGGGCGAGGUGAAGAGGGCGGUGAAUGGGAGCUGUGGGGUGAAUCCGUGAUUGGAUUCAUGUGUGGCUGGACAUUGGUCGAUGGUCUGCUGCAUUUUCUUGCCUUCGAUCUUCAGAAAGAAGAGACUGUGAUAAUUGCAGUGGAUGGGGAAGGGGAAACUCGUAGGAUCAUCGGCUGGCAUGGUAAGGAUGUGAGAGCAAUUGUUUUUAUUGGUGAAUCCCAAGACCAUCUACACUGCAUCGGUGUGAAUGUGCAAUUAGAUCAAGGCUCUGAAGUGCGCUUCACGCGGAUGUCGAUCUGGGUUCUUGAGGACUAUGAUACACAAGCAUGGAUCUUAAAGCACAAUGUGAGCUCUUUGCAGUUCUUUGAAUUACUGAGUCACCCAAUCAAAGACUUCCAUAUUGUGGCCAUUCAUCCAUAUCACAAUUCGUUCAUCCUUAUUCAGCACUGGAACCAGAAACUUGUAUCAUAUAACAUGGAUACUCAGGAACUGCAUGGUCUCGGCACUCUUGGAAAGGGCUAUGCGGUUAUUACCCCUUACAUACCCUGUUUCUUGGAGUCAUCGGUUCUUGCCACCAAACACUGAGGUUGUUGUUUCUCGGGGACUUCUCUGCAUGUUCAACAAGAGCCUGAUCAUCCAAGUGUGGGGCAAGGUGAUCUAGUAUGAUGGUGCUUUAAUGUCCUUUUGUAAUGCUUUGAGAAAGCUGUUUACAGGGCAACAUGGUUAGUUCCAUGAUAUAUCAGUGAGAAAGCUGUUUACAGGACAGCAUGGUUAGUUCUAUGAUAUAUCAAAUUAGAUCACACUUAAUUGCUGGUCAGUAUAGGUAUUAGCUUCGAUAUUUUGUUGUGAUUAUUCAAUAUUGAAUGCGCACCUAUGGUAUUACCCUGUGUGUUCAGCUUGUUGGCUUUUCCCCUCUGUUUUUUCUUCUUCUUAAUAUAAUACUCCCUCCGCUCUAAUUUAUAAUUCA